AAAGCAUUCUGCUUCAGCUCUGCCAGAUGUGUCUCUACUGCUGCGGGGUCUGCAUAAGGAAAGCUGCAUGGACACAAACUUGCUUUGGAAAAAUUGUUUCUCUUUCUCAAGCAGAGUCAUUGCAGGGAGUAACCCAUAAUGAAGGUUCUGAUGAAGUCCAGAAAAUCUUGGAUUGAAGGGGUCUUCUUGAAAAGAGAAUGCAUAAAAGUCAUUCCAGUCUCAAGGGAACCACACAGAUGUGUUCCAGGGUGCCAGGUUUGCCAGAACCUAAUAAGAUGCUGCUGUGGCCGCUUGAUCGGCGACCACUCAGGGUUAGACUUCAGCUCUCCAAUCUACAUGUCGACCCUGGAUCCUCAGGAAGAAUGGACAAUAGAGAGACACACACAGACAAGCCCGACUGAUGCUUUUGGCACCAUCGAUUUUCAAGAUGGAGCACAUGCUUAUCAUGCAAAGUAUAUCAGAGUUUCCUAUGAUACCAAACUGGAUCAACUGUUACAUCUCAUGGUUAACGAAUGGCAAAUGGAGUUACCAAAGCUGGUGAUUUCAGUACAUGGUGGUGUUCAAAAUUUUGAUCUCCCUCCAAAAGUAAAGCAGAUUUUUGGAAAAGGGUUAAUUAAAGCUGCUGAAACAACAGGAGCGUGGAUUGUAACAGAAGGUAUUAACACAGGCUUAUCCAGACAUGUAGGUGAUGCCAUAAAGAUUCACAGUUCCCAUUAUCUGAGAAAAAUCUGUGUAAUUGGAAUCACACCAUGGGGAGUCAUUGAAAAUCAAAGUGACCUCAUUGGAAAAGAUGUUUUCUGUCCAUACCAGUCUUUGGGCAAUCCUCUUAGUAAGCUGACUUCUCUCAACAGCAUGCAUUCUCAUUUCAUCCUAGUGGAUGAUGGGACAGUCGGCAAGUAUGGAAAUGAAAUCAAGCUAAGGAGAAAAUUAGAAAGAUAUAUAGGACUUCAGAAAAUACAUUCUAGAAUGGGUCAAGGAGUUCCAGUGGUUGCACUGGUUGUUGAAGGUGGCCCCAACAUAAUCCUCUUGGUCUGGGAGUAUGUAAGGAACACGCCGCCUAUACCUGUGAUAAUAUAUGAAGGCACCGGGAGGGCAGCAGACCUUUUAGCCUUUGUCCACAAAUGUACUGCAGAUGGCAGGCAGCUUCAUCCAGAAAUUAAAGAAGAAAUACUCCUCAUUAUCCAAAACACCUUCAACUUUGGGCAGAAACAAUCCAGUCAUUUAUUUAAAAUUGUUAUGGAAUGUAUGGAGCACAGGGAAUCAAUAACUAUUUUUGAUGCUGAAUCAGAUGAUCAACAAGACAUGGAUGUGGCAAUCCUUACUGCUUUUUUAAAAGGAACAAAUGCUUCUGCAUCUGAUCAGCUAAGCAUUGCAUUAGCAUGGAACAGGGUGGACAUUGCAAAAAAACACAUUGUGGUCUAUGGUCAGCACUGGAAGGCUGGCUCCCUAGAGCAGGCCAUGUUGGACGCUCUUGUUAUGGAUCGAGUUGAUUUUGUUAAGUUGCUGAUUGAGCACGGAAUGAGUAUGCAUCGAUUUCUGACUAUUAGCCGCCUGGAGGAAUUAUAUAAUACACGUCAAGGGCCAACUAAUCACUUGCUGCAUCACCUUGUUCGUGACGUUAAGCAGAGUAAUCUCCCUCCUGACUAUAAGAUUACCUUGAUCGACAUUGGACUUGUCAUUGAGUACCUGAUUGGUGGAGCAUAUCGGAGCAGCUACACUCGUAAAAAUUUCAGAGUUUUGUACAAUAGCCUCUAUAGGCAGCGAAAGAAAGUUGGCCGUCACAGUGUUGUCAGCUUCACCAACAGCAUUGCUCAUCAUUCAACUCAUCAGACAACUCAGCGCAACAGCAAACAGGGAAUUGAAGAAAACACUUCACAUUCUCAGUUCAUCCGAACAGCUCAGCCUUACAAACGCAAGGAAAAGCCUGUUUCACUCCAUAAAUCAAGAAAGAAGUCAAAGGAAGAGAUGAUCUUUUCUGAGGACCACGAAACACCUGGAUUCAUUUACCCCUAUAAUGAUCUAUUCGUAUGGGCAGUACUUAUGAAACGGCAGAAGAUGGCCAUGUUCCUUUGGCAACAUGGGGAGGAAUCAAUGGCCAAGGCUAUAGUAGCUAGCAAGCUGUACCGAUCAAUGGCACAUGAAGCAAAGCAGAGCAGUAUGGUCGAUGAUACUUCUGAAGAGCUAAAGACCUACUCCAAGGAAUUUGGGCAACUUGCGGUGGACCUUUUAGAAAAUGCCUUUAGGCAGAAUGAGAGAAUGGCCAUGAAGCUUUUGACAUAUGAGCUGAAAAACUGGAGUAACUCCACCUGCUUGAAGUUGGCAGUUUCAUCUGGACUGAGGUCUUUUGUAUCUCACACCUGCACACAGAUGCUUCUCACAGAUAUGUGGAUGGGCCGCCUAAAUAUGAGGAAAAACUCCUGGUUUAAGGUUAUCCUAAGUAUUCUUUUACCACCCACAAUUUUAAUGCUGGAAUUCAAGAGCAAGGAUGAAAUGUCUCAUAUUCCACAAUCUCAGGAGUGCCACCAGUUUAACUGGCACUCUGAAGAUCAAAACCUCAGCAGUGGCAAAGAUGAGCUCCCAUCGAGAGACUAUGAUGCAGAAAAAGGACAAGACAAAUCAGAAGACACUCAAGACUUUUCAGCUAGCAGAAGACAAAGAGGACUGCUUUGGACCAGUAAAGUUUAUGAAUUCUACAAUGCUCCCAUCGUAAAAUUCUGGUUUCAUACAAUGGCAUAUUUGGCCUUCUUAAUGUUGUUUACCUACACAGUAUUAGUAAAGAUGGAGCCUCAACCGACGAUCCUGGAAUGGCUUGUGAUUAUCUACAUUUUUACCACAGCUAUUGAGAAAGUAAGAGAGGUUUUUAUGUCAGAGCCAGGGAAGUUCAGCCAGAAAAUCAAAGUUUGGUUUAAUGAAUACUGGAACUUCACAGAUUCCUUAGCCAUAAUCCUGUUUGUAAUUGGAUUUGGUUUGCGCUGGCCAGAUAAGCCUUUGCGGACAGCUGGAAGGAUCAUUUACUGCCUGGACAUAAUUUUCUGGUACGUGAGACUUCUGGAUUUGUUUGCGGUCAACCAGCAUGCAGGCCCAUACCUGACAAUGAUUGGAAAGAUGACUGCAAACAUGUUUUAUAUAGUGAUAAUGAUGGCUAUUGUAUUACUUAGUUUUGGGGUAGCCAGAAAAGCUAUUCUUUCUCCAGAUGAACCCCCAUCCUGGAUGUUGGCUCGAGACAUUGUAUUCCAGCCUUACUGGAUGAUAUUUGGUGAAGUUUAUGCAGGAGAAAUUGAUCCUUGUGCUGAGGAUGACGAAUGUCCACCUGGAUCUUUUAUUACUCCAUUUCUCCAGGCGGUGUAUUUAUUUGUUCAAUAUAUUAUAAUGGUCAAUUUGCUCAUUGCAUUUUUCAACAAUGUGUAUUUUGAAAUGAAAUCGAUUUCCAACAAAUUGUGGAAAUAUAAUCGCUACCGAUACAUCAUGACAUAUCAUGAGAAGCCAUGGCUACCACCACCUUUUAUCCUUCUGAGCCAUUUGACUCUGUACAUCAGCUGCCUGUGUCGCCACAGGGCAAAGAAUGACCAAGAGGAAGAAGAUGUUGGUCUAAAACUUUAUUUGAGCAGUGAUGAGCUGAAAAAACUUCAUGACUUUGAAGAAAAAUGUGUUGUAAAAUACUUUUAUGAAAAAAAUGAAAGCCAUCAUUCCAGUCAUACUGAGAGAAUUAAAGUAACUAAAGAAAGAGCAGAAGAAAUGUUUUUGCAGUUAAAAGAUGUAAUAGAGAAAAUAUAUUUCAUCAAAGAGUCCCUGCAGUCUCUAGACAGCCAACUAGGACAUCUUCAGGAUCUCUCUGCCCUUACAGUUGAUACUUUAAAAGUCAUCUCUGCAGUAGACAGCUUGAAGGUUGAGGAGGCUUUGCUGGCACACAAGAAACACUCAUCCUGCAGAAAGAUCCCCCACAGCUGGAGUAAUGCCAUGUAUCUAAAUCCAUCAAAUAGUCUUCAUGAGGAAAUUGAAAAGAAAUACCAUUAUUAUAGCACUCCACCAUCUGUUUUCAGGCAUCUGGCUCAGAGUCAACAGUCAACUCAAUUGUAUAAUCCUCACAGUGCACUUGCAUCACAAAAUGAUGACCAACACAGCCUAAAAAAGAAAGAAUCAGAGAGUGAAACGGACACUUCAGGGGUCUGCUCAGAUCCACAGUCAAGGUAUGGUCAGUUCCUCCUGGUGCCACCAAAUAUGGAGUGUCUAAUACAUCCAGAAAUCCAUAUGAAUACCUCAUUGUUGAAUAAGCCUUCUAUAGACAGGGAUAUCUCACAAGUGGAAAAGCAGGAAAAAAGCCCCUGCAGCAUACCUCUCCAACUCAGUUUACAGAAAAUACCAAAAUCUUCUGAAGAGGUAGAAAAGCCCACUAAGAAAAAAUGGAACUCUAUGAUUAAUUUUCCAAGGAAAAGCAAUGACAGUAGCUCUGGAAAGACACCUCUUAGUCCUCGAGCUUCAACUGUGAUGAGUGACACCUCCCUGCUGUCAGAUUCACAUAGUGAAGAAAGUUCUGGAGGAUAUGUCAAUUGGGCAUUUAGUGAGGCAGAUGAGCCAGGGAUUUUCACCCAAGCCAAAAAGCACAACAAAGGGAAGUGUAUUCAUUCUGAAUCCAACACAGUCUGCAACUGUACAAGUGGUGGUUCUUUAAAAGUUCAAAUAAAGGAAACCCAUUCCUUCUCAUAUAAUUCAGAUCACUCUGGAAACAGCAAUGAAAGCUUUGAGGCUGCACCGAGACGGCGGAGGAGCUCUGGCCUUUUUUGGGUGAACCCACUUCGAAGGAGUAGUUGGUCUUUUUGUAAAAGCAGCAGCUUCAGAGCUCCAAAAGAUGACAAACUCUGGAACUGUAAUAAAGUACAAGAAUUUUCUAAAUCUUCAGAAAUCCAACCAUCUGUGAGGUCAAAAACAAACACACAAGAGUAUUGUGCAAAAUCUGGAAAAAAACCAAAAAAAUCUGCAAAGCUGCAAGUACCAGUUAUAACUGUGGAUGGCUGUUCCCAUACUCCACCACUAGAUUUUGAUUUUUCAAUGAAGGAUUGCCAUCAGUGUCCUAAUGAUGAAGAUUUAUUAAGAAACUGGUUGACCAUAUCCAGCUUCAAUCAGCUAAGUUUGCAGAGAAUGAAUUCCCUUCACCAAAAACUUCAAAAUCAAGAAACAAAUGCCAAUUGCUUGCAGUCAAGUGAGUUCUUGUGUUUGCCAUGCCAGGAUCAUGGGGACACCUCUGUCUUUAACAUUAGAAAAGCUAGUCUUAGCAGAAAACCUUCGGAUCAAAGUAUAACUGCAGUGGAAGGGAUGACAUCUUCGUUCAAGACGUCUCAAGAUCUUAACUACCACUAUUCAGCUGUUGAAAGAAAUAAUUUGAUGAGACUUUCUCAAUCCAUUCCAUUUACUCCACUUAACCUAUUUUCUGGAGAACAGGUUACUAUUUACCGUCUUGAAGAGAGUUCACCUACCAGCUUGGAUAAGAGUAUGUCAUCGUGGUCACAACACGGUCUUUCUGCUAUGAUCCACCCUUUAUCCCGUGAGGAAAUGGGUGGUGGUCUACGAAGGGCAAUGAAAGUGGUCUGUACUUGGUCAGAAGGAAAUCUCCUAAAGCCUGGACAAAUGUAUAUUGUGAAAUCAUUUCAGCCGGAGAUUGUAAAGACAUGGCAGAAAAUAUUCAGUGAUGGUACCGUCCUUCACCUUUGUUUAAGGGAAAUCCAACAACAACGUGUUGCUCAAAAACUUAUCUAUACUUUCAAUCACCUAAAACCUCAUACUAUCCCAUACUCUCCCAGGUUUCUGGAAGUAUUCCUGCUUUAUUACCAUUCUACUGACCAGUGGAUGACAAUUGAGAUGAAUAUGAAUGGGGAAUUUAGAAAAUACAAUAAUAACAAUGGCGAGGAAAUUUCUCCUGUUAAUCUUCUUGAAGAAACAAUGCUGGCAUUCUCUCAUUGGACAUAUGAGUAUACUCGAGGCGAACUCCUGGUUCUCGAUCUGCAAGGUGUUGGGGAAAACCUCACUGACCCUUCAGUGAUAAAAGCAGAGGACAAAGAUUGUCAGAAUAUGGUGUUUGGACCAGCCAAUUUAGGAGAACAUGCAAUAAAAAACUUCACUGAGAAACACCAGUGUAACUCAUGCUGUAAAAAGCUGAAACUUCCAGAUCUUACAAGAAAUGAUUAUACUCCUGGGAAAAUCAAUCCUGCCUUUGACGAUGAGGCAACUGAAAUAAGUAGCACAUUGUGAUGUGGGAGAAGAUUAGGACUCAACACUUGACGAAAGGCAAGCUGCUAUAAGAAAUGAAACCAUAUUUUAUGUUUGGAAAUCAGGACUGUCAUUAUCAUCAUGGACUACAGAUGCACUGAUCAUGUCUUGUAUUCAUUUCUCUUUUGCACUGCAGGACUCGCUGUGCUCUUCAAAUCUGUAGUAAUGUCUCUCAGUAACCCACUUUGACUUCUAAUGUCUUGUGUUUUACCGUGUUUUUGCACAGUUUGCUCAGCUAGCUUGACAAUAACAUUUUCACAUCUGUUUACCCAGUAUCGUGUAGAUCUAUUGAUUCUAAUGCCAAUUUGUAAUCUGGCCUUUCGAAAGAAUUUGAAACUGCGAUUAACUUACUAACAAGUGUAGCCUUUGCUGCUCUUUUCAUACUUUAGCGCUUCACACAACUCCAUAAAGUUCAUGAAUGUACAGAUUUUUCUGCCCAUUCACAGACUGAAUUUGACAUUACUACGAAUUCCUUUUAGGCAUUCAUUAGAAUGUACAGAUGUUUUUUCUAGCACUCAUUAUUGUAAUAUAUUUAUUAACUUAGGUCUGUCUCCCUCUAAGCCUGUAAUGCAAUAAGCAGGUUCAGAAAAUAGAAGGAUGGAUAUUUAUUUACUUUAGUAGAUUUUUUGUCACAGUGUUUCAGAGAAUAUUUUUCUUUUAACUAUAUACGUAAAUCGUUUUUGAAGAGUAUUGGCAAAUGUAAAUAUUGUAAAACUAAGUUAUUUGCAUUUAUUCCAGCUGGGAAGUCAUGGCAACAAAUUAGUAGAAGUCUGGAGUUUUGAAUUACUGAUUAAACUAUACAAACGAAUAUAUGUGUAUUGCUGAGACAACGCUUGUAAGUCAAACACGGGUACUGCAUAAAGCAAUAUAUUACUAAGCAUGUUUUUAAUUGAAAGUCAUGAAGCUUUUUUGCUUCUUCUAAAUACAGAAAACAUACAUCUACCAUAUUUGCUGCACUGCCAUUCACGUUGAAUUUUAUUAAAAUAUUUUCUUGAAAUAUUUGUGUUAAUUUUGAAUACUUUAGCAGACACUUAAGAUGUUUCAGUAAUUAAAUAUGUUGUGUAGGUGCCAGGAAGGAAGGACAGGCAUUCUGGCCAGGAUAAAAGAAGAUUCAUACCUGGUCAGGAGGCCCAUAAUGGAAGGGCUGGGCAAAGAGG